GUCGAGCCAUUGGCCAGACGUCACGCCCGCGAGUUAGCCACGCACUGCACCGCCGGAACCCCAAGCGCUCUGUCCAGUGGUUACGGCUCUCAGCCGUUGACGAGUACUCCGGCGUCGAGUGAGGACUCGAUAUCGUUGUUGUCCGGGAAUGUGAGCUACGAUGAGACGACUGUCAGUAAUAACGAUGUGUCGGUUAUCGAGAAGUUACCGAAUAAUGCAAAUGAAAUGAACGGUUUUAAAGGCAAUAACGAUAAAAGUAUAGACAAUGACAACAAUUAUGGUAAUAGUUUAGUCUCAGAUGUGAAUAGUAUGAAACUGAGCGACAAUUCAUCGCAAGUGCCUAACAAUUCAUUGCUUGGCGUCGAUAAUGGGAGCGACGCCUCGAGCGUCAGUUCGUACGACAGCCGUAACGAGAAUAGCGGUGUGACUGACGCCCAACUCAUGGCCUCCAUUCCCGACUGGAUGGUCGUCGGGGAGAGCGUCCGCAUUAGUCCGGAGUCCAAAGUGGGAGUCAUCGCAUAUGUGGGCAAAACGGACUUCGCGUCCGGCAUAUGGGUUGGCGUCGAGUUGGACGCGCCCACCGGCAAGAAUGACGGCUCCGUCAGUGGAACCGUGUAUUUCAAGUGUCGACCAAAGUUUGGCAUUUUUGUGAAACCCGAGAAACUGAAGGUCGACCAAAGGGGGCGCAGCUUAAGGGCCGCCAAAGCCAUCUAUAAUGACGAGAACUCUCAGAACGGAAACCAUAUAUUAAAUCAAAAUCAAUCGAAACAAAGCAAAGGAUUGAAUGUAAAGUCAGCCAAAAAGACAUGAAAAUUGGUAUCAAAAACCAUACAUGACUUAAAACACUAUUUAUGAAGAAUAUGUGUACAAAAAAUGGUGAAUUCCUUAGACAUAAAUGUGAGAUAUAGUAGAAAAUCAAAACUUAAUUAAUUCAACUAAUAAUGUGACCAAAAAGUACGAAAUGUUACUUAAAAAGUGUUAUACAAAUGGAUAUUAGAUUUGAUACAAAAAAUAGUGUUUUCAUACCGAUAACUAUGACCAUAGAAAUGGGAAUUAGAUAUUUGAUGAGUUUAAUUGUCUCAAUGAAUGACUUCCAUCUGUUAAAAACUUCUUCCAAUUAAUUUCAAUCAAAUCAAUGAAAAAAGUGAUUUUUAAAUAGAGAUAACAAUUGAGAAGUCAAUAAGCAUUCAUUCCAAUGGAUUAUUUCCACACAUUUGAUACAUGUAUUGAAUAUUUGAUGGUUUUGUUUGUGAUAAACGAGUGUUUAUUUGAUAUAAAAAUAGGUGUCAAAGAAAUUUUUACAUUCAAUUUGCGAUAAUGUUUAAGGAAAGGAUCCGAUAAAUGUAUAAUUGAAAUAAUGCAGAGUUUUAUAUCUAAAUCACACACACAUUAAGUCCCACUUCUCAUACCUCAACGAUUAACGACUUAUAUAUCAUUCAAUUCUUAAUUAUUUGUUAUUAUUAUUAUUAUUUGUAUGCAAUUUAGUCUAUAAUUUAUUUUAUGUUUUUUAUAACUAUAUUUUGAUGACAACUUAAGUAUAAACGAAUCGACCCUUUAUUAUAUAUACAUUUGGAUAUAAUAUAUAUUUAUUAUUAUUACCUUUUAAUCUAUUGACAAAA